AUGGUCAACAAGCCAACCAACAAGCAACGGGCAGUCCUGGGGGACCCGUCUCGACGCCAACGCCAUCCAGGGGCUCAGGCGUCCUCGCAUUCGAUUGGCAACCAUACUUCCGUCGGUCAUGUGAAUGCCACACCCAAUCCGCCCAGUCACAUCCCCAUCGAGUGCGAUAGCAUAGGCGAUGUUAUUUGCUCGAUUCGGGAGACGAGUGGACUACCUCACAGACCGACGUACGACAUCGACUCCAGCGACAUCGCCUACUCCGCCGACUUGACCCCCAAGAUGAUCUCGCAACAACGCCUACUCGCCGCCCGGCUCAAGUCUCUCACCCUGCGAGGCAACAAUACCGAAGCAAAAAGGCAAGGUCAGCAUACAGCCCUGCUGCUGAUGAUGCGCGCGUGGGAUCUCGAGACUCUCAAGGUCCUGCGGCCAGGACGGACGACCGUGGGGUUCGACACGGCGGUCUUCGACUUCGCCGAGAAGCACACCAGCCCCUCGAAGCUCAAGCACCUCCAUCUCAACAUGCGGUUCGGCUAUCGCGCAGGUCUUUCAAAAUACCUGAAGUCUAACUCGGCGGCGAACCUCGAGACCCUCCGCCUCAAGACCAACACGGAUAUCCAAAGCAUCCUCAUCGAGGCUCUCGUAACGGGCACCCAGCUCCCCGCAUUGCGCACCCUCGUCCUCCGCAUCAAGAAGUUCGCGCCGAGCCAGCUGCUCGACGCCCUAGAGGCGCGCCACCGCUCUCUCGGUGCUCGCGACGUGCUUCACACCGUCGAGAUUGCCGCUCCGCUCGCGCAGGCCACCAUCGACCGGGCUCGUCGUAUGGGGAUCACCUUGACGGAGGUUACUUGGUAG